UUAAAAGGAUUAUCUAUCCAAAAUCUAAAUCGAUGGCCCGAGAUAUGAUAACAUACGUAGUUUUUAAAUGCGAUAUAUUUAAUAUAAUAUAAAAGAUCGUUGCGAUUCUUAGUAGGUAGGUAAUCAUGUACUAUAUGGACGUCUGACAUACAUAUUAUACCAUUGAUUUUAUAAUAUUGAUAAUAGUAUAUUAUAAAAUCAAUGGUUAAACUCAUGACAAAUUAUAUAGGUAUCAUCACAGCAUGUUGAUACGCAUCCUUCGCUCUUUACUUCGCCAAUAUAGUAGAUCUCCACUUCUUAUUGGCCGUCAAUCAUAUACAUACAUAUAUAACAUAGAACAAAAUCAACCAAUGAGAAGUGGAGAACUACGAUAUAUCAAUGUAUGUCAGAUGUUCAUAGUACAAGAUGACCUACCUACUAAGAAUCGCAAGGAUCUUUUAUAUUAUAUUAAAUAUAUGGCGUUUAAAAACUACGUAUGUUAUCAUAUCGCGGGCCAUUGAUUUAGAUUUUCGUCUGACUGCAUAGUGCAUACUCAAAAAACAUAUACAAAAUAAUUCCAGCCUCUAGUAGUCUAGUGAUGAGUGAUGAAUGUUGAGUGAUGAUAAUUAAUAUCUAUCAAUACUAUCGAUUAUCGAAUGAAAACAACAAAUCGAUUACAAUAUUAUGUAACAUGCCUGAAAUAGUAUGGUUUUUCGAUAAAAAUUAUCGAACAAUAUUAUAUAUUGAUAGAGCCCAUUGCUAAUAAUGAGGCACCGUCUGUUGUAACACAUAUUACCAUUUAUCUACUCAAUUAUAUUACGUUCAAACUUAUUAUCUAUAUAUUUUUACUAUAAACAAAUACUAUUCCUACCAUUAUCACAGUGAAACAACUGUUGUCCAUAUUAAUUGAAUUACAUAAUAUUAUAGUGUACUACACCGAGUGUAUGUACCUACAUAAGUUCAUUGUCAUAAUGUAUAUGUUGUAAUUCGUUGAUCAUUUACUUUUGAUUAAGUAAGGUUAAACAUGUAUAUUGCUAAAUUACUUAUAAUUUAUUAUGAUUCUAAUCGUAUCAAUAUUCGAUCUUAAAUAUGUUCUGUAAAAUAUGGUUUAGUUAAAAUUCCUACGUUCGAUCGGCUAUUUGUAAUAUGCUUAUACAUAUUAGGACAGCGCAUAUUCAUCAAGCUUGAAAAUAUAAUACAAGGUUUCUCGCAUAAGUAGUUGGCGGCGGGCUUCGUGACGAUUCACAGAACGAAAUACUAUAAUCCAUAUAGGUGCGGUUAACUAGACCACUUAAAACCGUCGUAUCCAGUUACCACAGCGGGCAGAGACGACUGCAAGACAUCGCCUUUAUAUUUUAUACCAUAUUAUCAUAUUAUCAUCGUAUAAAAACAACAUUAUAUUAUUAUCAUAAUAAUUUGCCGGCUACUGCUGCUACCGCGGUAACAGGGACAUAAUAUCUUAUCGUAUAGUACCGCGGUAACGGCGAUGGCGGUGAACACCCGUCGUGCGGGGGCGACUACAACGUCCGGGGCAAUCGUAGCGGCGAUCGCGCGAGCGACGGUGAUGAUGCUGCUGCUUCUGGUCCAGGCACCCGGUUCCGGGGCCGUCACCGACGAGAUGCUGAAGAUCGCGUGCUCGGACAUGACGCCCAGGCACCCGGGUUACCGGCCGGAAAACACGCAGGGCGCCCCGUGUCCUUACCGGCUGAUGGUGGACCCGUCCACGCCCGUGAUUCCAGGCAACCUGGUGAACAUCACGCUCACGUCCGUCGGCGUGACCAUGCCGUUCAAGGGGUUCAUGGUCCAGGCUCGAGACGACGACGGCCGAGUGAUCGGUACGUUUCUGCCGGAAUGCAGGAACGUGACACAACAUCACAUGAUCAGCUGUUCCAACGGCAACGAACCAUACAACUCAGUGGUUCAGUCAAAUAACAAAUAUAAAAUAACAGAUACUUUUACGUGGAUAGCUCCAUUAUCGCUCAAAGGAUCUAUUCGAUUUAAGUUCACAGUUGUACUAAACUUUAAACAUUUCUGGACUAAUGAAGAAACCGAUGAUAUUCCUGUAGCUAAACUUUCACCAGAAGAAUUUAACAUAAAAAACUCUAUUAAUCAUGAAUACUAUAUUUACAAAUUGUACACUAAAAAUUGUUUUAGUUAAUACAAUAAUACGGAGAAAAACUGGCGGAGAACAGAGAAGCAUGGAGGGAGAUAGUGGAAGCGGUAAUGGGCCUAAAUGGUCUAAAAUAAGCUUAAAAAAAAAAUACAAUAAUUUAUGUAUAUAAAUAAUAAAUAUUAAGAGUGGUACCCAAUAAUAUAAUAUAAUAUUAAUAUGUUUUAUUUUAAAUAUAAUAAUGCCAUAAUUAAAA